AAUAAAGGAACGAGGCUUAUAGUGACCAUUCGAUCGUGAAAAUCAACGGUCGAUUUCUGGUCCGCCACGGCAGCAAAAUUUCUGAUUGAAUUUCGAUUUCAAAGAGCCGGUGGUGGUUCUCUGUAUGGUAGUUCUGCUCCUUACAGAUCAAGAGAGGGUCUAAGCACGAGACCGGUUGCUAGCUCCGAUGAAAUCCAGUUGCGGAUUGAUCCGAUGCACGCAGACUUCGACGACGAGAUCACCGGUCUCCGUAGCCAAGUCAAGCAAUUACGCAACGUAGCUCAAGAGAUAUCCACAGAAGCAAAAUUUCAGAGGGAUUUCCUAGAUCAACUGCAAAUGACAAUGAUCAAAGCUCAGGCGGGUGUGAAGAACAACAUAAGGAAGUUGAACAAGAAUAUCAUCAAGUAUGGAUCAAACCAUAUUGUUCAUGUGGUUCUUUUUGCAAUAUUACUAUUCUUUGUGGUCUACAUGUUGUCCAAGAUCUUCAAAAGAUGAAGUCUGGUGAAUCUUCUGUGGGCCUGCACGCCGAAGAAGUUGGUCCCAUAGGCCGCAAGGGUUGUUCAUGAUUGCACGCAGACUAACGAGUUCAGGUUCCGUGGUAAAUUGUCGCUCAUGAUCUUCAGUUGUAAUGAAAUAUCACUUCAUUUUCAGGUUAGUUUUGGAAAAUGACUUCUGUACUAUACAAAGAAUGUUCACAACACGGGCGUUUGCCGCAUAGAAUUGCACAUCUUUUGAAUGUAAACGUGCACUACCUUAUUCUAGUGGCACUGUUGCUGC